GGCGCGCACGCCGUGUGAGAAUGUGUCUCGUCUCGGCGGCGGAGGAGUCACGUGACGGUGUCUGCUGGCUUUGUGAAGCACGUUAGCAGAUUUUCUAUUUUGUACAUACAUUGUUUUGUAUAUACUGUAUAUGAUGACUUCAUUGGGCAGCGAGCGGGCCCGGGGCACUCGGGAUAAGGUACAGACUCCAGCCACACAGACACAACCACAGAAACAAGUACAGGCCACAGCUGAACAGAUCCGCCUUGCUCAGAUGAUCUAUGACAAGAAUGAUGCAGACUUCGAAGACAAAGUCAAACAGCUGAUGGAGGUUACUGGAAAGAACCAGGAUGAGUGUAUAGUCGCACUACAUGACUGCAAUGAAGAUGUGACCAGAGCAAUCAACAUCCUCCUGGAAGGAAACUCUGACACGACUUCAUGGGAGACGGUGGGGAAAAAGAAGAGCCUGGGUAAAGAUGGAUCAGAAAACAAAGAGAACAGAGAGAAGAGAGGAGAGCGGGAGAUGAGCCGGGGGCGAGGAGGGUCCAAUAGGAGGGGGAGAGGGGCCAGUCGUGGCAGGGAGGUCAGAACAGAAGAGAACGGAGUGGAUCCGGGUCCUGCAGACAGGGUAUCGGACAGGGGACGCAGAGGACGCGGCAGGGGGUUUGGUGGCAGAGGCAGGGGAAGAGCUGCUGGAGGAAGCAGGUUCUCAGCACAAGGAAUGGGCAGAAGAGCUGCUAGUGUGUUUGAGAAGCGAAGACUAGACGUACAAGUGUGUGAUACUGGAACUCACUUUGACAAAGUGUUCUCUCUGUCUUUGUGCAGAACCUUUAACCCAGCAGACUACACAGACUCCUCAGCGUCUGGGGGAGGUGGGUCUAAGACAGAGGCCUGGGAGUCUGGUAAUGAUGGAGACGAUGGGACAGGGGCCUGGAGGACCACCAUGGAUGAUUGGGCAGCUGAGGACUGGAAUGAAGAUCUUUCUGAAACAAAAGUAUUCACUGCAUCUUCUGUUUUGCCCAAUGAAAACCACAUCACACCUGGACAAAGCAUUGAUCUGGUAGCGUUGCUUCAGAAGCCAGCUGCAGGGGGUGCAGUGGGGGAGCUGAACUCAUAUGACCCCUCCCAGCAGCAUCAGCAGCAGAGCCUGGGCAGUUCACUAGUGUUCACCAACUCCCAGAUACACUUGGGAACCAGCAACUCCACUGCUGCCAACCCCUACCCUCACCACAUGCUGUCCUCUGUACUGAGCUCAGGGUUUGGAGAGCUAGGGAGCUCCAAGCUGCCUUCCUGUGCGGGCUCUCAGAUCCUGGAGCAGCUCAAAUCCCCUGGCCUGGGACCGCUGCCCUCCCAGCAGAUAGGGGUCAGCGCUGUGGGGAGCAGCAGUGUCACCACCUCCUCUUGGGACAUCAAACCCCUUGGCUCUCAGACCACUGUCCUCUCGCAGUUCAUAGGCUUUAAGACACAGCCUGAGCCGUCCCCUGUGUUGAGCCAGCUGACCCAGCGGCAGCAGCAGCAGCAGCCAUCGCUGCCACUCUCCUCCCAAAGCAGCUCCUCCAUGCUGCCCCCACCCCCUGGUCUGGACACCUACCUCCCUCAGACGAAGCUGCGGGACCCCACGCCGCCAGACUCUGCUGCCGCCGCUGCUAUCGUCACCGCUGCCAAACUGCUGCACAUGCCUCCGGGCACAAUCGACACACAGGCAGCCAGCACUCAGCAGAAACAGCUGAAGGUGCAGAAACGCAGAAUACCUCCCACUUCUAAGAUUCCAUCUUCAGCAGUAGAAAUGCCUGCAUCUGCUGACGUAACAGGGUUGACUUUCCAGUUUGGAGCCUUGGAGUUCGGAUCAGAACCUUCUCUACAGGAAUUUGGUUCGACAGAGAGCAGCAGCGACACCCCGUCACAAACGCACAACAGUCUCUACUCAGAACCAGUGAGUGAUUCCUUGAGCAGCUCCUUGUCGAUGCCCAUCCCUGCUCCAGACUCCAGCUACUGUCCCCCUGUGGUCACGUCCUCCAGCCUCCCUGCCUUACCCCAGAGCUCAGCCCCUCCGGUGACGUCGCCUGGGCCCUCCUUCGAGCAGAACGCAGUGCACAGCAGGAUAGCCUUCCAGAGCAGCCUGGCACCAUCGCCCCAGGAAGAGCCCCCUGCCCAGACCACAGUCUCUAAUGGCUUCAAUGGAGUAAGAACACCAACAGGUCUAGACACUACAUCGACUGCCUCCACCCCGAAGCCCGAGUCUCCAUCACUUCCAUCGAGCAUAGGACCCCUGCCCAGCAGUGCCCCCGCAGCUUCAGCUCUCCUGCCCAGCUCGGUACCCCAGCACUCGACAGCACUGACCAGCAUGGCCCAGAACAGCGAGCUGUCCACAGCUCCACUGCAGCAGCUCACCAACUCGCUGUCUAACCACCAGAACAGCCACUCUCCAGCCUCUGUGCUGUCUUCAAGCUCAUCACACACAUACACCAGUGUAGACAGUGUAAGCUCCCUACAGCCUGCCAGCAACUUCUCUGCAGCCUCCACGUGUUCCUCCAGCAACGCCUCGGCCAUGGUCAACGCAGCCAACACCCUUCACAUGACUAGCAGCCUGGGGCUGAGCACCAACAGCGUCUCCAUUCCCUCUGCCACGCGCUCCGCACACCUGCUGUCCUCCAACGCAGGAAAAGCCCCACCAAACCUGUCACAGGGUGUUCCCCCGUUACUACACAAUCAGUACAUAGUGGGGCCAGGGGGACUGCUGCCAGCCUACCCGCAGAUCUAUGGCUAUGAAGACCUACAGAUGCUACAGUCCAGGUUACCCAUGGAUUACUAUGGAAUCCCAUUCCCAGGCCCCACAGCAACACUAGCAGGCAGAGACGGAAGCCUCGCCAGCAACCCGUACUCAGGUGAAGUGACAAAGUUUGGCCGAGGAGACUCCGCCUCCCCUGCUCCGACCACAAGCCUGGCCCAGCCCCUUCAGCAGCAGAGCCAGACUCAGCAGACCCACCACACCACGCAGCAGGCCUUCCUGAACCCGGCCUUGCCUCCAGGGUACAGCUACACAGGGCUGCCCUAUUACCCCGGGAUGCCAGGGGUCCCCAGCGCCUUCCAGUACGGGCCGACCAUGUUCGUACCCCCAGCCUCUGCCAAGCAGCACGGAGUGGGACUCGGCAACCCCUCCACUGCCUUCCAGCAGGCCAGUGGCUACGGACAGCACGGCUACGGCUCAGGUUAUGAUGAUUUAACCCAGGGGACAGGAGGUGGAGAAUACAGCAAAGGAGGCUACAGUGGCUCAUCUCAAGCACAAGCCAAAUCUGCUGGCUCUGGUCCUGGCAAAGGUGUUUCAGUGACUUCCAGUAACACAGGAGUUCCUGACAUCAGUGGAUCUGUCUACAAUAAGACACAGGCUUUUGACAAGCAGGGAUUCCAUGCUGGCACCCCUCCUCCGUUCAGCCUGCCUUCAGCACUGGGAGGGACCGGGCCCCUGAACCCGGGAGCAGCUCAAGGGUAUGCACCGGCCCCCUUCCUGCACAUCCUGCCUGCACACCAGCAGCCCCACUCCCAGAUGCUGCACCACCAUCUGCAGCAAGACGGGCAGGGCGGUUCUGGCCAGCGCAGCCAGCCCAACAGCAUGCAGCAGAAGUCACAGGCGAACAAGCCCAACUAUGGCAGCUCUCCAUACUGGGGAAACUGAGUCAGACCCCCAGGCCCUUUUAAUGAAACCUCUAGCAGCAGCAGCCACUGGAGGCAUGAAAUAUCAACAACAAUAACUGGCCAGCACAGCGUUUUAACACACGUGUGGGAGAAAAAGACAGUGUUUAAUGUGAUCUAUUGCCCAGCUUUCAUUUUUUAUUUGUUGCUGUUGUAUGUAAAAUAUUUAUGUAUGUAUUUAUAUAUGUAAUAGUGGAGCCUAAAUGUGGUUUCUGCAUUUGAAGGAUUUCUUUUCCAUUGUAGGGUUAUAAAGAAGAAAAAAACACACUGCAUAUUGAGAGUAUUUUUUUUAUCUUAAAAUCCUUGAACUGAGGAAUUUUAUUAUUAUUAUUAUUAUUAUUAUUACUACUACUAUUAAAAAGAAGCGAAACCUUUGGAAGAGUUUUGUAGCUUGGGUCUCCUCGUCCAUGGCUUCAGCUUGUGAAGAUCCCUUGUGUUUAAACUGGAGUCUUGUGUUCUUGAACAGUUUCAGGUGUGUCCCGCCUCUGUUUUGACACUGCCUGUGAGCAGAGUGUUUCCACAGGUAUGUAGGUACUGUGGAGUCAUAGAAUUACAUCUCUAAAUAUCUAUUAUUUUUUUUAUACGUGGUGUUAUAGCUGUUGGUUUUGAAUCAGAAUUGACUGUGUAAGGAUUUGUAACGUGUGUGUUUUUUUUUUGUUCUUGCUCAUGUCACCUGAAAUGUAGAACCAGUUUGAGCCGAGGAUGUCCUCUCCACUCCUUCUCCACUCCUCCUCCCCUCCCUUGUUAGUGUUCCUCAAUUCAGACUUCAUUUCUCCCCUGCCCUGCAACUGUAUUUUUGAAGUUUUCUUUUUUUUUUAAACCUGUCACCCACAGAAUAAAGUUCUGUGCAGUUCA